CUGUGAUUUACGAGACCGUCAUUUACAGAGCAAUACGAGGAGUACUAAACGGUCAACACCAGGGAGGCCUUACACCAUCCGGCGCUGAGUGGCUCUCACCGCUUGUUCGUCGCCUAGUAGACUGCGAUGAGGCCAUUCUCCGGGACGAGGGUGGCUGGAACAGCGCCUUGAGAUGCUGGCUUGCUAGCCAAGCCAGUAGCCCCUGAUAUUCUCGCGACCGGGGUCUCUUGUGACUACAAAUACCCGCCUCUAGCAGUCUUCGUCCAGCAGGACCUCUUGAAAGGUAACCUUAUCUCACCGGUUUGCACUACGAGACCAAGCGUCAUGGGCGGUCCUUGGUCUGCCUCGACUGAGCGAAAACUGCUCCUGUGCAUGAUCGAUCCGAAAGCUACUCCUCGAUGGCAGCUGAUAGCUCAAGCAAUGGGUCCACAGUUCAGCGCUGAAGCAUGUCGCCAGAAGUACUACAAGCUGCGCAACGAGUCGGCAAAGUUGUUAGAUGAUCAGCCGGGCUCGGUGCCUUCGACGCCUACGAAACGGAAAGCACUAAAGAGUGAAGAUGAGACAAAAACGCCUCCAUCGAAGCGGGCAAGGAAGCCAAAGCGGGACCCCCUGGACGGCGAGCUGUUCUCAGAUGCCGGUAGCAGCCCAACCGAAGCAAAGACGAAUAAUGUGACGCCGGGUGCAACCAAUACUUUCCAGAACUACCACGAACCGUUCAUUCCUACGGACUUCUUCCUGCCUAUGAACAAUCAGUUCAAGGUAGGAGGGAGUGGCAGUGGCAGUGGGAGCGGGAGCGGCAACCACAGCUUCCCGCAGUGAGGGGCACAUGCAUCGCAAAAUGCACCACCCGAGCCAGAAAUCAAGGAGAGGGCGACACAAAAUGACAGGACUUCGGAUGCUUGUUAGGCUGGAAAGUGGUCUGAAAAUGGUUUCAACAGGCAGGGAUUUCGGGUGGACGAUAGGUCAGGGAGUGCAGGAUUGCUUAUACUACUGCACCAACGCGCAGCCGGGACACUGGUUCCGCUGCGGGAAGAUGCAACAGAAUGAAAUGUGUCUUUGCUUUUUCCACGGCUGGUUCCCAGCCUCCUGAAUUUCGAGAUCCAAACCGUGUAUAAACAUGUCUGCC